AUGGUUCGUUUGCUGGGCUUCGAGCGUUGUGACAUGGACCAGGCAGUGUUUUUUCGACGACGAGCUAAGGCUUUGAUUGUUGUGUUGGUGCAUGUUGAUGAUUGCACAAUUGUGGCAACAUCACAGCCACUGAUUGAUGCCUUCAAAAUUGAGAUCGACAUCACUGAUCUCGGCGAGCUCCACUGGAUUCUCGGCAUUGAGGUCCGCCAUGUCUGUGAGAACAGAACCAUUUUCAUUUCUCAACGCUCUUACAUCGAGUCAAUCCUGCGCCACUAUGGGCUUCAAGACCUCAAGCCCCUCUCCAUCCCCAUGGAUCCCAACGUCCGCCUCACGUCCGCCCAGUCCCCGUUGACUACGGAUGAGUUCGCGCAGAUGCGCGAUGUGCCCUACCAUGCCGCUGUCGGUUCUCUCAUGUACGCAUCACUCGGAACCCACCCUGACAUUACCUACGCCGUCCAGACCGUCUCGCGAUUUUUGACAAAGCCCAGAAUAGCACAUUGGGACACCGUCAAACGGAUCUUUCACUACCUGAAAGGAAUGAAGGAACUGUGGCUGUCAUAUGGAGGACAGCAGAAGGGGCUUGUUGGAUAUGCUGAUGCAGAUGGGAGCAUGGCGGAGGAUCGCCAUGCCAUCUCUGGGUACGCAUUUUUGCUUCACGGCAGAGCUGUUUCGUGGUCCACUAAACGCCAGGAGAUCAUUUCGCUCUUGACAACCGAGAGCGAGUACAUUGCUGCGACAUACACUUCGAAGGAAGCCCUCUGGCUUCGCUCCCUCAUCUCCCAGCUCUUUAACACGUCACUCGGCUCCACCACCCUAUUUUCGGACAACCAAUCCGCGAUCGCACUUGCAAAAGACCAUCAAUAUCAUGCCAGAACGAAGCAUAUCAAUGUUUGGUUCCACUUCAUCCGUUGGAUCGUCGAAAACGGAUCGAUUCGCCUUGUCUACUGCCCUACCGACGAAAUGGUAGCCGACACACUUACGAAGGCGCUCCCCUCACCAAAAGUCAAACACUUUGUGACUGAACUCGGACUCAUCUCGGUUUGA